AUGGCCGAACCAAAAAAAAAUAAAACAAAACAGACAAAUCUUUACAUUUCAAGACUAAAAGGGGUGACCUCUUUAGUCAAUCCUGAUUACACUCCUAAUAUUAAAAUUGAUAACAAUCAAGGCUGGCAGCAAGUUCUUAUUGCAUUGAAACAACACAAAGAACAGACUCAAAUUAAGCUCGACUGGGAGGAAUUUUAUUAUCGAGUAAACCAUGUUCAGGCGAUGUAUAAUCAAGUUAAACAAACCGAUGAACAUUUGCAAAAAGAAGAGAUUAACAAGCUAAUUAAGUCCUCAAUACCUGGUUACGAUCCUCAAAAUAGUUCUUUUAAUGAAUUUUCAUGUUGGAAAAACUUAUAUGAUCAAAUAUUGGCAGUAAAAGAAAAUAUAAUUUUCGAACAAAAUCAAAAUGUUGUUCUUGAACAAGAAAUAAAUGUUCUAGAGGAAGAAAUAAAUGUUCUUGAGCAAAAAAUACAUAUUCUAGAGGAUGAAAGAAAAAGUGCUUUAGAUAUAAUAAAAAGUGAUAAUAAUGAUUUAGAAAAAUCGCAUGCUAAUAUGCACGCUAAAGUCACCAACUUAUUGGAAGAAAUUAUUACUGAAAAUACAAAAUUAAAUGUUCAAUUAUGGGGAUCUACUUCCUCUGAAAUCGGC